AAAUCAAAGCUACCGUACAGCCCAUGGACUGCUCACGGAUCUCCUCAAACCACUCAACAUUCCCGCAAAACCGGUGGAUCCCAGCCAAACUCAUCUUUCCCCCGGAUCCUUGCUUUAAGCUGGUCAUCUGACUUUUCGAUCCGAAUCUUGGAUUUUGAUCCAAUGCAUUCGCCAUUCGGUCGAUUGAUCCAUGAAAGAAAAUGCCAAUCUGUCCUUUUCUUAAAUCCGAGCUAGCCUAAGGCACUUUAAGCCCAGAAAUUGCAAUGACAGAGUCGAUUCGUUGACAGUGUGGAGGCACCCUCCAGUCCGUGGUAUCUUAUCAACAAAGCCCCCACCACUCAAAGAGCUCCCUCCGCCGCCUCUCUCCAACUCGGUGCAUUGUGCCCGGCAUUAGAGCCCGUCCAUCGGGAGUAGCUUCGUUCAUUUUGAACCUCCCCUUCUCCUGAAUCUAUUCUUUUCUACCCCACAGGUACCACCGACCAGCCAUGUGUCCUCACCACCGCGCCUUUCAGUGAUGUCAUUGCGUGACUGAGGGCGAUCGAGUAGUAUACGUCCGUUUUGGCCUUCCUUCUUCAACCACCUAGAAGCCACACUGGUGCGAUGGCGGGCCUAACUUCUUUCCUCGAGCAUCCGAGCGACCGCGGCCUUCGUGACCACCAGCAGUUCAUCGAGGAGAUCCUUCAUGAAAGGUCGUGGACCGAGACUGCUGGAGAUAUAUCGAUUUUUGAUAAACUUCCCGCCGAAAUCAUUCACCAGAUUCUAUCCCAUCUCUCUGCACAAGACCUGGCCUGCGUGUCCAGCGCAUGUCGUAUACUCGCCGAACAUGGCUCUAACGAUCGCUUGUGGGCCAGACUCGUCAAUUCACAUCUUCACUCCCAUAUCCACGACCCAGGACCCUUCAAGUCAUUCCGUCGACUAUAUCUCGCCCACCUACCUUACUGGUUCAUCCCUCAAAAUAAAAUCUGGUUCUCGGAUGUCGAAGCCCACGGAUGUCUGAUCCUUGCUCGGUAUGACAAUCGGCGAGGGGUAAUAGAGGCAUACCGAGUCAUCGCAGAUCGACGCACACCAAAGUUCCAUAUCUGGGAAGCCCAUCCGGACGUUAUGAUUCAAUCCUUUGAUCCCAAGAUCAGCUUGUGGCUGGAUGACCCCGUUUUACUGCUCAAGGAUGCGGAUAUGUCAAGCCCGAUCGCCGCUUGCCAGACAUGGAAUGCCGAUCGCCGGAUGCCCAUGGCAGCAGACUCUCAACAAGUAUUCAGCUCGCUCAUGCUUUGUCCCAAGGAGUACCCAGAUCAGAGGACGAUGUCCUCGAUCAGGCUCUGGCCGCCUGCGAUGAUUCCUAGUUCGGAACGAAUAGCUCGGAUUACGACUUCAAGGGAUACAUUUUUGCCCAGUCGUGCAUCAGAAGCAUCCACGAUUGGGCUCCGCAUCAAGCGAUGGGCCAACUUUCGGUUUCAGAUGACCCCAAUUGAUAACGAAGCGAUAUCUAAUUAUGCGACGCUCGAUCCAGCGCUGUACGUUCCCACGAAAGAGAAGCCCUACCAAGGGAUAUGGGUUGGAGAUUAUUCUGCCCAUGGGUGCGAGUUCCUUCUCAUUUACCAAAUGACCCAACCUUCCGGGUUUAGUCCCGUCGACGGUCGUGAGGGGACCGACCAGUGGAACACCUUGAAAGCGGUCAAGCUGACAGGAGAUCCAAAUGUCCCACGUGGGGAAGUCACCUUUGUUGCUCACGAUAUCGGCCCGAAUGGUCUUAUACGUGUGGCAGAUGAAGAGCCCUUCGUUGGCGCCCGUAUAGUCCACUGCUUUGGACACGUAGCGGGCAUCGGUUUCCGUGACGACGCUUAUAUUGCCUCUCAACUUAUUCUCGUCUCCACUGAUUAUAUCGCACACUACUGGGAGGAGAUGGGUCACAUCUCGUAUUUCCGUCGUGUGGACAUUGAUGGGCUUUUGAAUAUUUAAGCGCUGGCUAGGGUUGCCUUGUCUCUGCUCUCUUUUCGAUUUGACUCUCUUCUCUCUCCUCAUACCCCAUUUGUUACUCUCUUAGCAUGGAUUGAUUUGCGUUCUACUCAUCGAGUCCUGAAUCAAUAUAAACCUAUUUUGACAGUUAGGCAGAA